AUGGCAGUGAGUUCGGAGUUUGGGAGCUACUACCGGGGAGUAAAGCUCAGCGGCAACACUGAUUUGGAUCUUUGUAAUGGCAAAGGUGAUGAGAAGUGGUUAGACUCUGGAUGUACUUCCAGGGGCUCGCACCCUUUCACCCACAUGAUGAACCCUCACCUGCACCCUCGUCUGUACCAUGGGUGCUACGGAGACAUCAUGACGAUGGACACUUCCGGGGCCUCCUGUGGUUUAGACAGGUUGCUUCACUGUGGGAUCCGUGGGUCUGAAAUGUUUGCGGAGAUGGAUUUGCGGGCCAUGAAGCCUUACCAAACUAUGAUCAAAGAAGUUGGGCAGAGGCACUGCGUGGACCCAGCCCUGAUUGCAGCCAUCAUCUCGAGAGAGAGCCACGGUGGAGCUGUCCUGGAAAACGGCUGGGAUCAUCAUGGACUUAAAUUUGGCUUGAUGCAGCUUGAUAAGAAAAUUCACCACCCGGUUGGUGCCUGGGACAGCAAAGAACAUCUUUUGCAGGCUGUUGGGCUUCUAGCAGAGAAAAUUAAGACAAUUCAGCAAAGAUUCCCCAAGUGGAGUGUGGCUCAACACCUCAAAGGAGGUCUUUGGGCCUAUAAGUCAGGAACCGACUCCAUUGGCAACCCUGUGGACACAGAGACUGACUUCGCCGAUGAUCUUCUUGCCCGAGCUAAAUUCUAUAAAAGACAUGGCUUUUAG